CUUUUGGAGAAGAAUUUUCGUUCCGGAUCGGGAGAGUUAUCUUGUAUUUUGUUUGGUUUCGUCUCCUUUGCCUUGCUGGAUUAAUUGCACCGUUUCCUCAUUGGAACUUGUGGGUUUUGCCUCCUUUUUUGGAGUCCGUCUGCUCGCUCUGCAGUUCGCGGCGCUUGGAGGUGCCGAUUUGGAAACAUUGCUGCUUUCUUUCGAUUCGUUUUGAAACCUCUCUCCUGGAUUUGGGUGCCGCUGCGGAUUACUUGCAGUAUGACUCUGGAAGAGCUGGUGGCUUGUGCCAACACCGAGAAAAAGAUGAAAUCCGUCAGUGAAGCUGUGGAGGAUCUCUUGGUAGCUGCCCAGAGGCAGGGCUGCUUAACCGUUGGCGUUUACGAAUCGGCCAAACUCAUGAAUGUCGACCCGGACAGCGUGGUUCUGUGCCUGCUGGCCAUCGACGAGGAAGACGAGGACGAUAUCGCCCUCCAGAUCCACUUCACCCUCAUCCAGGCCUUCUGCUGUGACAACGACAUCAACAUCUUGCGCAUCUCCGGCAUGGAGCGCUUGGCGGCCGUCUUGGGGGAGGGGCCGCAGGACAACUCCGACCCACGAGACCUGCAUUGCAUCCNNNCCCAGAAUCCGCACACAGGAUCGUGGAAGAGUCAAGGGUUGGCGGAGGUGGCCACCUAUUGCGAAGAGAGCCGUUGCAAUAACCAGUGGGUGCCCUACCUCGCUCUCCAAGCUCGCUGAGACUCCACCUGGCCCGUCGCCUGGGGUUUUGGGCUGAAUUCUGUGUUUUAAAAGGCCAAAAAACAAAAAAAGAAUAUUGAAGGGGAUGUUCUUUUUUUAAAAAACAAACAAUCCACAAGCCACCGCCACCUGCCCGCCCUUGUCGGAACGGAGAGUGGGUGAAUCACCGCCCUGGAAGAUGACGGAAGAGGUUGGAGGCGGGCGGUUGGCGGGCUGGAAGCUGCGUCAGCUGACUGCUCGGAAAGGAAGAGGAACAGGAGAGGGAGAGAGAGCCAUGAAAGGCAGGCGGCUUCCCAGCUGGCAUUGGUGGGGAUGCGGAGAAUGGCAGAGGCGAAGGCGAAUGACUUCUGGGCUGCGUGACUGGGGGCUGGACGUUGCACCGGAGAGCCAGGACUGUGUGCCGAGCAGAGGAGUGAUUGGACCGGGACGCUUCCUCGUGGGUUGUGGCGGAGGAGUGAAGGAUGUACCGGUCUCUGUGCCACACAGCUCUUUGCAAAGGACUCUUAACUGUGGAAGAGAGAGAGAGAAAGGGGGGGGAAAGAACUUUUAGAAUCUGCUAGCUUAUGCAAAAAUUUAUAUAUAUAUAUAAAUCAAACAAAUAAACCGGACUCUGCUGUUUAAAAAGAACUGGAGGAAGAGAAGCUGUUAUUUAUUUUAAAAAAAAUAUGCACAAUGUCUUUUUUUGCCUUUUGCACUCGAAAGCUGA